CAAUCGCUUCCAUUAGCUAACAUUGCUCAAUCCAAAUCCAUAUCUUCAAUUUGAGGCUAACAAUCCUAACAAGUUCGAGUUUGUAGAAAGUCGACGACAAUUAAAUCUAAAUUAUUCCACCUAAAAAAAGAGUAUAAAUUUAAUAUAUAAGUAGAUAUUUUCCAAUAGAGGAUGAUGGAGAUGAUGGAUUCUUCCUUCUUCCUCUUCCUCCUCCUCUUCUUCUUCCUCAGUACGUGCUCUUCUCUUCAUGAUGGAGAAGCCGCUGGACAUGGAUACAAUCUCCGAUCGGUCAACGCCGAUCCGUCGGGAAAGGCGUUGACCGCCGAGCUCGCCCUCAUCCGCCAAUCGCCGGUCUACGGCGCCGACAUCGAAAACCUCCACCUCUUCGCAAGCUAUGAGACCGGCGACCGGUUACGCGUUCGAAUCACCGACGCCGAUCGCCGGCGAUGGGAAGUCCCCGACUCCGUCAUCCCUCGCUCCUCCAAGGCGUCGACUAUUGUGGCCGCGCUCCGCUCCGGCGGCGGCCAUGUCUUCUCCGCCGAGGGGUCCGACCUCGUGCUCACGCUCGCCGCUACCUCCCCGUUCACCUUCACCGUCUCCCGGCGCUCCUCCGGCGACGUCCUCUUCUCCACGCUCCCCGCGCUCGUCUUCAAGGACCGCUACUUGGAGCUCUCCUCGUCGCUGCCGGCGGACAGGGCGUCGCUCUACGGCCUCGGCGAGCACACCAAGAGGACCUUCAGGCUGGCUCCCAACGACACGCUGACGCUGUGGAACGCCGACAUCGGCGCCGCCAACCUCGACCAGAACCUCUACGGCUCGCACCCGUUCUACAUCGACCUGAGGUCGUCGCCGCCGGGAGCCACCCACGGGGUGCUCCUCCUCAACAGCAACGGAAUGGACGUCGUCUACGGAGGAUCCUACAUCACCUACAAGGCGAUCGGGGGCGUCCUCGAUUUCUACUUCUUCGCCGGGCCGUCACCGCUGGCGGUCAUGAACCAGUACACCGAGCUCAUCGGCCGACCGGCGCCGAUGCCGUACUGGUCCUUCGGAUUCCACCAGUGUCGAUACGGAUACAGGAACGUCUCCGAGCUCGAGUACGUCGUCCGACGGUACGCCGAAGCUCGAAUUCCUCUGGAAGUGAUGUGGACGGACAUCGAUCACAUGGAUGCCUUCAAGGAUUUCACGCUCGAUCCGAUCAACUUCCCUGCGGAGAAGAUGAAGAAAUUCGUGAAUCGCCUUCACAAGAAUGGGCAAAAAUACGUAGUCAUUCUCGAUCCAGGCAUUAAUGUCAACUACACGUAUGGAACAUUCCUCAGAGGAUUGGAACAAGGCAUCUUCAUCGAGAGAGGGGGAAGUUAUUACCUCGGAAGCGUCUGGCCCGGGCCUGUCUACUUCCCUGACUUCUUGAAUCCGGCCGCCGCCCGGUUCUGGGCGGAGGAGAUCGCCAUUUUCCGGCGGACGCUGGAGGUGGACGGGCUGUGGAUCGACAUGAACGAGAUCUCCAACUUCAUCACCUCGCCGCCGGAGAGCCAGCUGGACGAGCCUCCGUACAGCAUCAACAACGCCGGCGUCCGGCGGCCCAUCAACAACAAUACGGUGCCGGCGUCGGCGGUCCACUACGGGAACGCGACGGAGUACGACGUGCACAACCUCUACGGGUUCCUGGAGUCGAGGGCGACGCGAGACGGACUUGUCCGGGCGACGGGGAAGCGGCCCUUCGUGCUCAGCCGCUCGAGCUUCGUCGGCUCCGGCAAGUAUGCGGCGCACUGGACCGGCGACAACGCGGCCAAGUGGGAGGAUCUCGCCUACUCGAUCCCCUCCGUUCUCAACUCCGGAAUCUUCGGGAUUCCGAUGGUCGGAGCCGACAUCUGCGGCUUCAGCGGAGACACGACAGAGGAGCUCUGCCGGCGGUGGAUUCAGCUGGGAGCAUUCUAUCCAUUUUCGAGAGAUCACUCGGACAUCCACUCGAUCCGCCAAGAGCUCUACCUCUGGGACUCAGUGGCCCGGUCGGCGCGCAGGGCGCUCGGUCUCCGGUACCGCCUCCUCCCCUACUUCUACACGUCCAUGUACGAGGCGCACGUGACGGGCGCGCCCAUCGCGCGCCCGCUCUUCUUCUCCUUCCCCGACGACCCGGCGACCUACGACAUCAGCACGCAGUUCCUGGUCGGCGCCGGCGUGAUGGUGUCCCCGGCGCUGCAGCCAAACGCCACCACCGUCGAAGCCUACUUCCCCAAGGGCAAGUGGUUCAACCUGUUCAACCACUCCGACUCAGUGGCGACCGGCGAGAAGGGAAGGUACGUGGUGCUGAACGCGCCCGAAGAGAGCAUCAACGUUCAUGUGAAGGGAGGGCACGUGCUGGCAAUGCAGGGGGAGGAGCUCACCACCGGGCAGGCGCGGCGGAGCCCGUUCGAGCUCCUGGUGGCGCUCGACGAGGGAGGAGCCGCGACGGGGGAGGUGUUCCUCGACGACGGCGAGGAGGUGGAGAUGGGAGGGGAGGGGAAUGACUGGAGCUUGGUAAGGUUCAGGAGUCACCUGGAAGGGAAAGAUCUGAAGCUGAGGUCGGAGGUCAUCAAUGGCGCUUAUGCUAAGAAGAACACAUUGGUGAUCGAAAAAGUGGUGAUUCUCGGAUUGCCACUGAAUGAAUCAUCUCAGAUUUCGAUUUCUUCUUCUUGUUCUUCUUCUUCUGUGUUCUUGAACUCAAUCAGAGUCGAUGAAUUCAGUGUUGUGGAAAUUAAUGGCUUGUCACAGCUCAUGGGGGAGGAGUUUGGGCUCAAAUUUGAGAUCAUUGACAAGGCCAAGUGAGAAUCACAAGCAGUUCAACUUUCACAGCACUCCUCCUAUGCGUUAUCUAUCAAGCAUUUUCAUUUUAAUUUCCAUUUUAAUGAGGAAUAUCGAAAACUUAUGAAAGUUUUUAUGUGCUUCAUAGAACCACUUUGUUUGUUAUGAAAGUUAUUGAGGGUGGUUAUUUAUGAAGGCUUAACUUGUUAUAUAUAGAAUAUAUGAUUAUGCCUCAAAGAGACUACUGACUUAUAACCAA